AUACCUCCUAACAGUUCCUAGAACAUGGAGCUGUUGUGGCAUGUAGUCUUUAUUGUCCUGCUAAGUUUUUCAUGCUGGGGGUCGGACUGGGAGUCUGAUAGAAAUUUCAUUUCCGCUGCUGGUCCUCUAACCAAUGACUUGCUGAACAACCUCAGUGGUCCCCUGGGAGACCAGAGUUCUAACUUUGUAGCAGGAGACAAAGACAUUUAUCUUUGUCACCAGCCACUGCCCACUUUCCUGCCAGAAUACUUCAGCAGUCUUCAUGCCAGUAAGAUCACCCAUUAUAAGGUAUUUCUGUCGUGGGCACAGCUCCUCCCAGCGGGAAGCACCCAAAAUCCCGACGAGAAAACAGUGCAGUGCUAUCGGCGACUCCUGGAGGCCCUCAAGACCGCGCAGCUUCAGCCCAUGGUCGUCCUGCACCACCAGACCCUCCCUGCCAGCACCCUCCAGAGAACCGAAGUAUUCACUGACCUCUUUGCUGACUAUGCUGCAUUCGCCUUUAACUCCUUCGGGGACCUAGUUGGGAUCUGGUUCACCUUUAGUGACCUGGAGGAAGUGAUCAAGGAGCUUCCCCACCAGAAAUCAAGAGCAUCACGGCUCCAGACCCUCAGUGAUGCCCACAGAAAAGCCUUUGAGAUUUACCAUGAAAACUAUGCUUCUCAAGGUGAGUACACAUUGACCCUGAUGGUGACCCCUUGGCAGCCUUCAUCACACACUUUUCCCACCCUCCUUAAAGCAGGAUUCAGCGUUUCUCCCCACUCACCUGCAGCAGUUCUCUCAUUCCAUGCUGUGCGACGCUUCUGGGUAGUCUUCCCAAAGCACGGUUUUGACAACUUCCCUGCUGGGAAGCCGCACUCCAGAUCUUGGCACUGCUUGGGCGCUAAUGACCCUAUUUACUAUUUCCAGGAUGCGGUCGAUUUCCUCUCUCUUGAUUUGUCUUAUGAAUGCCAAAAUGAGGCAAGUCUGCAGCAGAAGCUGAGUAAAUUGCAGACUAUUAAGCCAAAAGUGAAAGUUUUCAUCUUCAACCUAAAACUCUCAGGCUGCCCCUCCACCAUGAAGAGCCCAGCCAGGCUGCUUUUCAGCCUUUUCGAAGCCAUAAAUAAAGACCAAGCGCUCACCAUUGGGUUUGAUAUUAAUGAGUUUCUGAGUUGUUCAUCAAGUUCCAAGAAAAGCACAUCUUGUUCUCUGACUGGCAGCCUGCCCCUUCAGCCUGACCAGCAGGAGGACCGCGAGACCACACGUUCCUCUCUUGCCUCGGCCUAUCAGAGAGCCUGGGAAUCAUUUGCCAAUCAGUCCAGGGCAGAAAGGGACACUUUCCUGCAGGACGUUUUCCCUGAAGGCUUCCUCUGGGGCACCUCCACAGGAGCCUUUAACGUGGAAGGAGGCUGGGCCGAGGGUGGGAGAGGACCGAGCAUCUGGGAUCCACGCAGGCCCCUGAACACCACUGAGGGCCAAGCAACACCAGAGGUGGCCAGCGACAGCUACCACAAGGUGGUCUCUGACAUCGCCCUGCUUCGUGGCCUCCGGGCUCAGGUGUACAAGUUCUCCAUCUCCUGGUCCCGGAUCUUCCCCAUGGGGCACAAGAGCAGCCCCAGCCUCCCAGGCAUUGCCUACUACAACAAGCUGAUUGACAGUCUGCGGGACACGGGCAUCGAGCCCAUGGCCACGCUGUUCCACUGGGACCUGCCUCAGGCCCUGCAGGAUCAUGGCGGAUGGCAGAAUGAGAGUGUGGUGGAUGCCUUCCUGGACUAUGCAGCCUUCUGCUUCUCCACGUUUGGGGACCGCGUGAAGCUGUGGGUGACCUUCCAUGAGCCGUGGGUGAUGAGCUACGCAGGCUAUGGCACUGGUCAACACCGUCCCGGCAUCUCUGACCCAGGAGUGGGCUCUUUUAAGGUGGCUCACUUGGUCCUCAAGGCUCAUGCCAGAACCUGGCACCACUACAACAAGCACCAUCGCCCACAGCAGCAGGGGCAUGUGGGCAUUGUGCUGAACUCAGACUGGGCAGAACCCCUGUCUCCAGAGAGGCCUGAGGACCUGAGAGCCUCUGAGCGCUACUUGCACUUCAUGCUGGGCUGGUUUGCACACCCCAUCUUUGUGGAUGGAGACUACCCAGCCACCCUGAAGACCCAGAUUCAACAGGUGAACAGACAGUGCCCCCAUCCUGUGGCACAACUCCCCGAGUUCACAGAGGCAGAGAAGCAGCUCCUGAAAGGCUCCGCUGAUUUUUUGGGUCUGUCUCAUUAUACCUCCCGCCUCAUCAGCAAUGCCCCACAAAGCACCUGCAUCCCUAGCUACAAUACCAUCGGAGGCUUCUCCCAACAUGUGAACCAUGCAUGGCCCCAGACCUCAUCCACUUGGAUUCGUGUGGUGCCCUGGGGGAUAAGAAGGCUGUUGAAGUUUGUAUCCCUGGAAUAUACAAGAGGAGAAGUUCCAAUAUACCUGGCCGGGAAUGGCAUGCCCAUAGGGGAAAGUGAAGAUCUCUUUGAUGAUUCCUUGAGAGUAGAUUACUUCAAUCAAUAUAUCAAUGAGGUGCUCAAGGCUAUCAAGGAAGACUCCGUGGAUGUUCGUUCUUACAUUGCUCGUUCCCUCAUUGACGGCUUUGAAGGCCCCUCUGGUUACAGCCAGAGGUUUGGCCUGCACCAUGUCAACUUCAACGACAGCAGCAAGUCAAGGACUCCCAGGAAAUCUGCCUACUUUUUCACCAGCAUUAUAGAAAAGAACGGUUUCCUCACCAAGGUGGCAAAAAGACUGCCCCCACCUAAUACAGCAAACCUCCCCUCCAAAGUCAGAGCCUUAACUUUUCCAUCUGAGGUACCCUCCAAAGCAAAAGUGGUUUGGGAAAAGUUCUCCAGCCAACCCAAGUUCGACAGAGAUUUGUUCUACCAUGGGACGUUUCGGGAUGACUUUCUGUGGGGCGUGUCCUCUUCUGCUUAUCAGAUUGAAGGCGGGUGGGAUGCCGAUGGCAAAGGCCCCAGCAUCUGGGAUAACUUUACCCACACACCAGGGAGCAAUGUGAAAGACAGUGCCACUGGAGACAUUGCCUGUGACAGCUAUCACCAGCUGGAUGCCGAUCUGAAUAUGCUCCGAGCUUUGAAGGUGAAGGCUUACCGCUUUUCUAUCUCCUGGUCUCGGAUUUUCCCAACUGGGAGAAACAGCUCUAUCAAUAGUCAUGGGGUUGAUUAUUACAAUAGGCUGAUCGAUGGCUUGGUGGCAAGCAACAUCUUUCCCAUGGUGACAUUGUUCCAUUGGGACCUGCCCCAGGCCCUCCAGGAUAUUGGAGGCUGGGAGAAUCCUGUUUUGAUCGAGUUGUUUGACAGCUAUGCAGACUUUUGUUUCCAGACCUUUGGUGACAGAGUCAAGUUCUGGAUGACUUUUAAUGAGCCCAUGUAUCUGGCAUGGCUGGGUUAUGGCUCAGGGGAGUUUCCCCCAGGGGUGAAGGACCCAGGCUGGGCACCGUAUAGGAUAGGACACGCCAUUAUCAAAGCCCAUGCCAGAGUCUAUCACACAUACGAUGAGAAAUACAGGCAGGAGCAGAAAGGGGUCAUCUCUGUGAGCCUCAGUACACACUGGGCAGAACCCAAGUCACUGGGAGUCCCCAGAGAUGUGGAAGCUGCUGACCGAAUGCUGCAGUUCUCUCUGGGCUGGUUUGCACACCCCAUUUUUAAAAACGGAGACUAUCCUGAUGCCAUGAAGUGGAAAGUGGGGAACAGGAGUGAACUGCAGCACUUAGCCAGCUCCCGCCUGCCAAGUUUCACUGAGGAAGAGAAGAGGUUCAUUAGCGCAACGGCUGACAUAUUCUGCCUCAGCACCUACUCCUCCAGAAUUGUGCAGUACAGAACACCCAGGCUAAACCCACCGUCCUAUGAAGAUGACCAGGAGAUGACCAAGGAGGAGGACCCUUCAUGGCCUUCCACAGCAGUGAACAGAGCUGCGCCCUGGGGGAUGCGAAGGCUGCUGAACUGGAUCAAGGAAGAGUAUGGUGACAUCCCCAUUUAUAUCACCGAAAACGGAGUGGGGCUGACCAAUCCAGAAGAGGAGGAUACCGAUAGGAUAUUUUACCACAAAACCUACAUCAAUGAGGCUUUGAAAGCCUACAGGCUCGAUGGUGUAGACCUUCGAGGGUAUGUCGCCUGGUCUCUGAUGGACAGCUUUGAGUGGCUGAAUGGCUACACAGUCAAGUUUGGACUGUACCGUGUUGAUUUCAACAACACGAACAGGCCUCGCACAGCAAGAGCCUCUGCCAGGUACUACACAGAGGUGAUUACCAACAAUGGCAUGCCACUGCCCAAGGAGGAUGAGUUUGUGUAUGGAUGGUUUCCUGAGGGCUUCAUCUGGAGUGCGGCUUCUGCUGCAUAUCAGAUCGAAGGUGCGUGGAGAGCAGAUGGCAAAGGACUCAGCAUUUGGGACACAUAUUCUCACACACCACUGAUGGUUGAGGAUGAUGCCACUGGAGACGUGGCCUGUGACAGUUAUCACAAGCUUGCUGAGGAUCUGGUCACCCUGCAGAACAUGGGCGUGUCCCACUACCGUUUUUCCAUCUCCUGGUCUCGCAUCCUCCCUGAUGGAACCACCAGGUACAUCAAUGAAGCGGGCCUGAACUACUAUGUGCAGCUCAUCAACGCACUGCUGGCCGCCAACAUCCAGCCACAGGUGACCAUUUACCACUGGGACCUACCGCAGGCACUCCAGGAUAUAGGAGGCUGGGAGAAUGAGACCAUUGUGCAGCGGUUUAAGGAGUAUGCAGAUGUGCUCUUCCAGAGGCUGGGAGACAAGGUGAAGUUUUGGAUCACACUGAAUGAGCCCUUUGUCAUUGCUUACAAGGGCUAUGGCUACGGAACAGCAGCUCCAGGAAUCUCUGCUGGGCCUGGCACUGCCCCCUACAUUGUUGGCCACAACCUAAUAAAGGCUCAUGCUGAGGCCUGGCAUUUGUACAACGAUGUGUACCGCGCCAGUCAAGGUGGAGUGAUUUCCAUCACCAUCAGCAGUGACUGGGCUGAACCCAGAGAUCCCUCUAACCAGGAGGAUGUGGAGGCAGCCAGGAGAUAUGUUCAGUUCAUGGGAGGCUGGUUUGCACAUCCUAUUUUCAAGAAUGGAGAUUACAAUGAGGUGAUGAAGACGCGGAUCCGUGAAAGGAGCUUGGCUGCAGGCCUCAGCAAGUCUCGGCUGCCAGAAUUUACAGAGAAUGAGAAGAAGAGGAUCAAUGGCACCUAUGACUUUUUUGGGUUCAAUCACUACACCACUGUCCUGGCCUACAACCUCAACUAUCCCACUGACGUCUCUUCUUUUGAUGCAGACAGAGGAGUUGCCUCCAUUGCAGAUCGCUCGUGGCCAGACUCUGGCUCCUCCUGGCUGAAGAUGACGCCGUUUGGCUUCAGGAGGAUCCUGAACUGGUUAAAGGAGGAGUACAGUGAUCCUCCGAUUUAUGUCACGGAGAAUGGAGUGUCCCAACGGGAAGAAACAGACCUCAAUGACACUGCGAGGAUCUACUACCUUCGGACUUACAUCAACGAAGCCCUCAAAGCUGUGCAGGACAAGGUGGACCUUCGAGGAUACACAGUUUGGAGUGCGAUGGACAAUUUUGAGUGGGCCACAGGCUUUUCAGAGAGAUUUGGUCUGCAUUUUGUGAACUAUAGUGACCCUUCUCUGCCAAGGAUCCCCAAAGCGUCGGCCAAGUUCUAUGCUUCUGUGGUCCAAUGCAAUGGCUUCCCUGACCCCGCUACAGGGCCUCACGCUUGUCUCCAACAGCCAGUAGAUGCUGGACCCACCGUCAGCCCCAUGAGAGAGCAGGAGGUGCAGUUCCUGGGGCUAAUGCUCAGCACCGCAGCAGCACAGACAGCUUUGUAUGUUCUCUUUUCUCUUGUGCUUCUUGGAGUCUGUGGCAUGGCAUUUCUGUCAUAUAAGUACUGCAAGCGCUCCAAGCAAGAGAAAACACAACCAAGCCAACUGGAAUUGAGCCCAGUUUCUUCAUUCUGAUGAGUUACCACCUCCUCAAGUUCUGUGAAGCAGGCCUAGUUUCCUCCUCUGCCUUUGUCAGCCACCAAACUCCUUAGGGUCUUGGACUCUGCUCAUACUGGACUUCUCCAUAAAGUCCUGCUACAUCCUUAGAGAUGACUUUAAUCUUGAUGAAUUUUGAGUUAUUGAUUAAAAUGGAAAUAUCUGCAUCUUGCUUCAGUAUCAGAGUUCAUUUGGGCAUUUGAGGAGCAAGUGGCUCUUGUGGAAAUGUGCAGAUACUAGUCUAGUGGGUCUGUGAACCACUUAAUUGAAUUUAACAGGGCUGUUUUCAGUUUCAGAGUUGUUAAGGGUGAAAUUGGGAGUAAAAACCGUAAAAAUCCUUUCUAUAAGAAGAAAUCAACUCCAUUGCAUAGAUUGCGAUAUCAUCUCCUGCCCUUCUGCAAGCUCUCCCUGGCUUCACAUCUUGUGUUUUCCAGAAAAUAAAAACAGCAGACUCUGUCCUCUCUCCUA